AUGGGUGAGGGUGAAGAUUGCAUGACCAUCCCAGUGAUUGAUAUGCAAAAAUUUCCAGAUGCAGAAGAGUACAAGAAACUGAGGGAAGCAUCUGAGAUAUGGGGCUGCUUCAGGCUUAUCAACCACAAGAUCCCAUUGGCUCUUAUGAAGGAGAUGAAGGCUGUGGUCAGAUCCCUGCUUGACCUGCCCAUGGAGAUCAAGCAGCAGAACAAGGAUGUCAUAGCUGGUAGUGGCUACAUGGCACCCAGCAAAGUCAACCCUCUUUAUGAGGCUCUGGGUCUUUAUGACUUGGGCUCACCUGAGGCUGUGCAUACUUUUUGCUCUAAGUUGGAUGCCUCUUCCCACCAGAGAGAGAUAAUAUCGAAGUAUGCUCAAGCAGUGUAUGAUCAGAUUGUGGAAAUAGGGCACAAGUUGGCAGAGAGUCUUGGGUUGGUAAAUGUUGAUUUUCUCAAGGGCUGGCCUUGCCAGUUUAGGAUAAACAAGUACAACUUCAAACCUGAAUCAGUGGGCUCUUCUGGUGUACAGAUACACACAGAUUCAGGAUUUCUAACCAUUCUUCAAGAUGAUGAAAAUGUUGGUGGUCUAGAAGUGAUGGAUAAAUCUGGUGCCUUUGUCCCAGUUGAUCCUUGCCCAGGCACUCUCCUUGUCAAUCUUGGGGAUGUUGCUCAGGCAUGGAGCAAUGGGAGGUUGUGCAAUGUGAGGCAUAGAGUGCAAUGCAGGGAGGCAACGAUUCGAGUUUCGAUUGCUACAUUUCUCUUGGGACCAAAGGAUCAGGAGGCUGUGGAGGCUCCUCCGGAAUUCGUGGAUUCGGAGCAUCCACGGCUCUAUGUCCCUUUUACUUAUGAAGACUAUAGAAAGCUCAGGCUCUCCUCAAAAUUGCAGGCUGGUGAAGCCCUUGCUCUCCUACGUACCACCCCAUCCUAA